CCGUUAAGUCCACAUGUGAGUAAUAAGAACGAGAGAUCAGUUCAAACGGAGAAGAAAAAGAAGGAGAGAUCAAACGAUGAACUCCUCCAAUCUGCAAUCAAACCCCACUCUACCAUCACCACCACAUCAUCAUCUCUUCACCUCCAUCGACAUGGGAACAAACUCCUUCAAACUCCUCAUCGUCCACGCCGAUCCUUCCCUCAGAUCCUCCUUCCUCCCCGUCGAGCGUCUCAAGGAGCCAGUCGUCCUCUCCCGCGAAUCCCCAACCUCCAUCUCCUCCCAAUCCCGAUCCCGCGCCAUCCUCUCCCUCCGCAAAUUCAAAUCCCUCAUCCUCUCCCACAACGUCCCGCCCAGCCAGAUCCGCUGCGUCGCAACAGAAGCCUUACGCCAGGCGGAGAAUCAGAGACAGUUCGUGGAAGCUGUCCUCGACGACGUCGGGAUAAAGAUCGACGUGGUUGAUGGAGAAGAGGAGGCGAGGCUUGUUUACCUCGGCGUGCUCCAGUUUUUGCCUGUGUUCGAGAGGUCGGUGCUGUGCAUCGAUAUCGGAGGCGGAUCUACUGAGUUCGUUGUAGGUAAGCGCGGGGAGGUGAGAUUCGCGGUUUCUUUGAAGCUAGGUCAUGUGAAUUUGACGCAGAUGUUUGGUGGUGGUGUUGGAUCGGUGGAGAUGAUGAGGGAGUACAUACGUGGCGUGAUCGAUGAGUCUAGGUUAGGGGAUAGGUUGAGUGAGUUUGAGGUUGUUGUGGGGUCUUCCGGGACGAUUCGAGCGAUUGAGAACGCUGUUUUCAGCGGUUACGGAAGUGAUUUGUGUCACGAGGAGGAGGAAGGGGAGUAUAAGAGGGAUUGGAGAUUUGGUAGGAGAGAGUUGAGUAGUGUUGUGGAGAAGCUGUGUAGGGAAGGAGAUGAGGAGUUGAUUAGGAGAGAAGGAUUUUUUGGGAGGAGAGCGGAGUUUAUUGAAGCUGGGGCUGUGUUGUUGGAGGAGAUAUUUGAGGCUCUGGGGAUUGAGGAGAUGGAGGUUUCGGAGUAUGCGUUGGCGGAAGGUGUGAUUGCUGAUUCUUUGGGUAAAGCGUUUGGUGGAUUGUAUGAUUUGAAUGCUAAUGCGAGGUGGAGAUCGGUCAUGAGGCUUGCGACGAGACUCAAUGGGAAAAAGCGAAUGAAUCAUGCCAUACACUGUGCUAACAUCGCCAAGGAGAUCUUUGUAGGUUUGAGGAAGUGCAAUGACUUUAAUGUCAUAUUAGAUGAUAAGGAUCUUGAGUAUCUUCAAGCUGCUUGUUUCUUACACAAUAUCGGAAUCAUCACAGGGAAAAAAGGGUAUCAUAAGCAGUCUUAUCAUAUCAUCAAGUUUCUUCUUUCGCAGAAUGGAGAUCAUCUCUACAGCUACACAGCUGAGGAAGUCGAGUUUAUAGCAUUGCUUACGAGAUACCAAAGAAAGAAGUUUCCCAAGCUUGAUCGUGCGCCUUUUAAGAACUUCGCUGAGAAGGCAAAGAGAAAGUUCAUUAUCAUGUGCUUGAUUAUACGAUUAUCUGUUCUACUUCAACGGAGUGAGAGUAUGGAUCUCCAAGUAUUUGAAUUUCUUGAAUCUGCUAAUAGCUUCAAACUUGUGCUUAAACAACAAAACAAGGAACCCUUGGUGAUUGGCUCUCAAGAUCAAGCAGAAGAAACCUCCGAUACAUUACAAUUGGAGCAAGAAGUUGAGCAUUUUAAAAGGCUAUUCAAGAAGGAAAUGGUGGUUGUUCUUCCUUCCUGAAUAACAGACGGACGUGUCAUUCAGUAUUUAACUUAAGCUUUCCCAGGCAGUGUUGCAGUGUUAAAUUAUAAACAGAUGUGUAAAACUAUAUAGUUACUUCUCUGGAUGAAGAGAAAGAAUGAAAACUCUCUCCAGUGAUGGAGAAGUUUUCCCUUAUAAAUUGGCCUGAGAGGUGAGCAUAAGAGACGGUGGGUGCAUCUACUAACCUCCUCGUAUCGCCCGAUCUAACCUCUGUAAAUUUUGGUUCUAACUCUUGUAUAAUAGCCCUACAUUGUUUCAUCUUUGGUUGUUUAUUUGCGUUUGGUUUUAACAACAAGAACAGCCAAAUUAGACUUGACCGGAAUCUACAAGCCAAAGAACCAUUUGCGAGAUGUACCAUUCUGACAAGUAGCAGAGUUUUUUUUAUCAUAAUGAUAUUUCAUUUGCUUACAGACACAA